GGAGGGGUCUAGCUUUUAUCGAGCAGCAGAGUGGCCUAGUGGUGGGUGUAAGGGGGUUACUGGUUCGAGCCCCCGCAUAUAGGAAUGCUGACCUGCAUCUGGAGAGAUGAUUGUGCGUCUCUUAAUGGAAAAAUAAACUGUUAGCUACUCUGACGUUAGCUGUAGUUACUGUUAACAGUGCUUGCCUGUUCUCUUCUGGUCUUGCAGGGGGAGGGCUUUGGCCCAAGCCAGUUCAAGCUUCCUAGCCUAUUAUCUGAUGUUUUGCUGCAGUGGAUUUUAUCUCCCUUCCUGUUUGUGAACUGCACUAGAUAUUUGUGUUACUCAAUAACUGACCUUGUUAUUUGUACACUCUCUCUGUUUAUGAUUGUACAGCUCUCUUAAUAGCGUGUGUCUAUAAAUGUGUGUGCAUGAGCACAUAAACAGAAUAGCUGUGUCUAGCAUCAAGCAUCUGAGAGUGAAGUUGCUGGUAUGUGAUGAUGGCAUUGACUGUGUAACGGACUGUCAAUGAUUUAGGAGAAAAGUAGGUUGUGCACAUUUUUUUCUCCAUCACCCCCUCCAACAGAUCGAUUGGCUGAAGAAGAAUCAGUAUGGAGGAGCUAUGGUGUGGAGUCUGGACCUUGAUGACUUCAGCAGGACCUUCUGUGGCCAGGGAAGAUACCCCCUGAUCAGCACUCUGAAGAGUGGUCUUGGCACCGGCCAGAGCUGCACUGCCCCCAUCAACCCCCUGCCCCCCGUCACCCAGGCCCCCCCUCCCCCUCCCAAGCCCCAGCCUGGCGGUGGUGGCCACAGCAGCGGAGGUGGCAGCGGAGGUAGCGGCUUCUGCGCCGGAAAGUCCAACGGACUCUACCCCGACCCCACCAGCAAGAACCACUUCUACGAGUGCAGCCAGGGACAGACCUACCAGCAGCACUGUGCCACAGGCCUGGUCUUCGACACCAGCUGCAACUGCUGCAACUGGGCCUAAGCAGCCGCAGUCCCAACCACCCA